AUGGACGAAAAGAAGAAAGACAUCUCCCUCGGUGACAUGGGUACCGACAUAGUUCACAGUGACGAGAAACGCCUACCAUUUCCUAUCAAAAGUGUCGAGCGAGAUGGCGUGAAACUCCAUCCCCCGCCAACCUCGGAUCCCCUAGACCCUUUAAAUUGGUCUAGGGUUCAGAAGCACUCCAUUCUGGGAAUAGUCAUGCUGAAAUAUUUCCUUUUCACUUACAUCACUACCACGACCGUCCCUUCAUUUCCCGAGAUCCAGUCCCAGUUCAGCAUCAACUACUCACAGGUCAACUGGACUGUGGCUAUUCCUGCUCUGGGCUUGUCUGUGGGCCCGUUAUUUUGGUCUUCAUUGAGCGAUAUCUACGGACGUCGAAUCAUCUUCAUCAUAGGGACAACCAUCUCUUUGGUGGCCACUAUUGGUGCAGCGGUGGCUGACACGUAUGGAGGGUAUAUGACUGCUAGAUUCUUUCAAGGGUUCGGUGUUAGCCCGGGGUCAACAGUAGGCAUGGCUGUAGUCAAUGAUCUUUUCUUUGAUUAUGAACGCGGGCAGAAACUAGGAUUAUGGGUUCUGGCCAUCGACUCAGGACUCCUUCUGGGCCCUACCUUCGGCGGGUUCCUCAAUCUCGUGAGCGCAGCAUGGAUCAACUGGUUCAAUGCGAUCCUCUUCGCCGUCCUCCUCCUCCUCGAACUCUUCUUCAUGCCCGAGACUCUCUACCCACGCACCCGCAUGCUCCAGCACAUGCCUAAAGACCCCUCCCCAUGCUCAACGGACAUCGAACAGCCCCAAGAGAAGUGUGAAGCAACACCCAAAGCGACAUUACAGGUUACAGAAACAGAUACAAUACCUCGGACAAAGGCUCUCAAAUUCUUUAACAUCCGGCCCAUCCCCGGCCUGCGCCAUCCAAAACCUUGGGAUGCCACCGUGCGCUUCUUUCUUACCUUUCAAUUCCCUGUUGUCGUCCUCGCCGUCCUCGGAUACUCAUUUCUUUGGUAUUGGUGGGUGUUAUCCGUGAUAACCAUGGUACCAGCAGCGUACGCAACAUAUUCGCCAUUGAUCCAAGGCCUAUUAUUCCUGGGGUUAUUUAUCGGGACGCUAGUAUCGGAGGUGUGCUGCUCAGGGAGACUGAGCGAUUAUAUUGUCAAACGACUAGCAAGGAAAAACGAGGGCGUACGAAUCCCAGAGAUGAGGUUAUGGUUAGCCUAUCCUGCUAUUGUGAUCACUGCUGUCGGAUUAAUAGUUUGGGGCAUCAGCAUCGACAAAAGCUACCACUGGAUGAUCGGACAAAUAGCAUUCUUCUUAUUCUCAUCAGGAAUCCAAAUCGGCAACACAGUAACAAGCAGCUACAUAAUCGACAGUUACCCGCUUCAGUCAACCAGUGUCGUCAUUUUCUACGCUGUGUUCCUCAACCUGAGUGCUUUUAUCAAUCCUUUCUUCAUCGCCAACUGGCAGGCCUCUUCCGGCUGGACGUGGACAUUUACAGCACAAGCCCUGAUAGUGCUUGUCGCUGGAACGGGCGUGUUCGCUGUGCUACAACGAUACGGGGCGUUACUGAGAUCCAAAGCGAAGGUACCGGGGUGGGUGAAUCCGGAGUUUGAUUCUUGA